AUGGCUUCUUUUCAAUCUUUCACUGCUUCUCCUUUUUACCCAAACGAUCCUUCAUACAAAGUGGUGAUAACUCGAGAAGAGUUCCAGUCUUUUCACGGAAUCGACAGAGACUUGUUCUCUCGUUUCGUCUUUGUUCUAAACCGAGACGUGAACCAAUCCUCUCAAGUGAUGGCGUUUCUCCUCUUGAUCGAGCAACUCGGCUUCAGACGCAACUUGACCGCGUCUCUUCUCGCAUCAGAAGACGUGUUCAUAGACGCGGUGGCCAACGAAGUCGUUCUGUGUCUAAGCAUCUUGUACAACCAAGACUACUCAAGGCACGUCCACCUUAACCACAACAACAAUGAUGAUAUGGCUAUACCUUUCCUCAAAGGUAUCACUGAAAGUGCUCUCACUCUCGGAUACAUCAACCAGAACCGAGAAUCUAUUAUCGUUGGAGUGGCAAAGAAUUUGUCCGAUGUUUGCAACCGAGCUUUCGAUGAUCUAUACGAGAGGGCCUACAACGAGCAAAUGUUGGCCUUAGAGAGGGCGAGAGUCAUUGAGGAGAUGAAGAAGGUCAGGUUGGGUGCCAUACAACAAACCUCUACUAGGUCGAGUGUUCAACCCCAAAUCGCUAGCCCUAGCUGGUGGAAUGGUCAACAACAGAACCCUAAUAGGUCUAGAGGAACCUCUUAUAGGUGGAGUGUUCGGCAAGGAACCCCUGUAAGGGUGAGUGCUCCACAAGAAAGGGCUCCUGCUCCAGCUGUUGAAGAAGAGGCAGAGGCGGUCGUGACGGUGACGGAGGUGACGGAGAAGGAGGGGGCUGACAACAAGGAGGACGAGGAGGAGGUGACGGAAGCUGAUGAUAGGACGGUGUUUCUGACGUUCUCCAAAGGGUAUCCGAUUUCUGAAUCGGAGGUUAUGACUUACUUCACGAGGAAGUUUGGGGACGUGAUAGAAGCCAUAGUGAUGAAAGAAGUGAAAGAGAAUGAGCAGCCCUUGUUUGCGAGGAUGGUGUUGAAGACGCAACAUGCGUCGAUGAUUGAAGAGAUCGUGACUCCAAUGAACAAGAACAAGUUCACUAUCGGUGGAAAACAUGUUUGCGCUCGCAAGUACGUUCGCUCGAAUCUCAGUUUAUCUGCUGCACCCUACUCCUCGCAUGUUUGA